AUGGACCCCGAGGCGUACGAGGCCAUCGUCAAGGAGCUCGACAAGCUGCGACCUGACGAAGAGCUAGGCAUGCUCGAUCUGGCGCAUCUUGCGGCAGUGUGUGGGACUUCGGCGGAGACGAUCAAGGCGCUGCACGGACAAUACUUUCGCCAGAAGCAUGGCUUCCGGCAUGCACAGCUUCUGGACAACAUCGACGAGGUUGGUGCGCUUUUCGGCCGAUGGUGCGCCCGGCGCGAGGGCGACUCGAUCGUGGACCUGGCCAUCGAGAAGGACCUGGCCAUCGGCCUCAUGGCCCGCGUCUUGCUCAGCGCGUUCUAUGCGACUCGCGACAAGGUCGAGAGCGGCAGCGAUCCUGCCUCGGCUGCGCUGGCUCUUGGUCGCGACGAUGUCUCCAAGAGGCACUCCAAGAUUGUCACGCGAGCCAUGGAGCGCCCGCACGACGUCGGCCUGCCGCCAUGGAUCGCCGACCAGGUGGCGGAUGCCGUCGGCAUCGCUGGGCACUACGCACCAGUCUCGGGCGUCAUCCGCCGCAUUGCCGGCGUCGAGUACGAGCACGUUCUUCAAGAACACGUCGCCAACGCCGGCCUCUCGUAUGUCUCCGAAAAGAAGCUCACCGAGCUCGGCCAGUCCAUCACCCCGGACAUGCGUCUCGACGUGCCAAUUCUCGUCGUUCACGCCGGGGAGCACAAAAUCAUCAACUGGAUCGAGUCCAAGGCCUCGUUUGGCGAUCCCUCAACCAUCAAGCACGACUCGGCACAGUUUGUGCGCUACCGCGAGCGCGCCGGCCCAGGACUUGUCAUCUACUGGUUCGGCAUCGUUGCGUGCAGCCUCGUGGUCGAGCUUGCCCAGGAGGGCGUCCUGCUCAUGGACGGCUUCCCACCCCACGACCACAUUGUGCAGAUUGACCCCUCCGCAGGUAGCAGCUCGCAGCGAUGAGGGUAACUGUUACCACUUGUAGCGCCACGAGUCAAGCGAGUGGCCCACUCGCUUGCCCUCCCUCUCCCUCCCUGCUGUAGUGACCAUCAUUGCCGUAAACAUGUGUUGAUGCUGA